AUGAAUGACUUUGUGUGCAAGUUUUGUGGAGCGUUUGAGGCAGCAACGAGGGAUAAGUGCAGUGGAAUGAACGCGAACGAUGUGAUUAAGAUGGCUCACCAAAUCUACUUCAGUGAUCAGAAGAAGAAGUUCAACUUGGAACACGCGUGGAAGGAGUUGCGAAAUGACCAAAAGUGGUCUGAACUCUCGACAACGAAAACGGAUCCGACGUCUAAAAAAAGAAGGUCUGGAGAAGUUCCAAAUGGCUUCUCCUAUCAAAUAACCCAAAUGAUGGAUCUAAUGCUCAAUAUUUUGAGCAACACUUUGAUCAAUAUUUUGAGCAAACGUUUGAUCAAUACUAUGAGCAAACGUUUGAUCAAUACUAUGAGCACUUAUGAGAAUAUGUUUACUCAAUAUGGAGAGCAGCAAGAACCAAAGAAAUCGAAGAAAAAAGAGCUUACGUCGAAAGAGAUCAUGAAGAAGGGCAUAUUCGGUUAUGGAACGAUUAUUUCAGCGAGGCAGCAACCUAUUCGUCUCUUGGCAUAUGGUGGUGCCGCUGAUUCGGUAGACGAGUACCUUAGGCUCAGUGAAACGAAUGCUUGUUCAUGUUUGGAAAAUUUUGUUGAAGCAACAAUCAAUUUGUUCGGCGAUGAGUACCUACGGAGACCAACACAGGAGGAUCUUCAACGUUUACUUUAUGUUGCAGAACAACGCGGAUUUCCCGGAAUGAUAGGAAGCAUCGACUGUAUGCAUUGGGAGUGGAAGAACUGUCCUACUGCUUGGAAAGGACAAUACUCACGUGGUUUAGGAAAACCAACGAUCGUUUAA